CAUGGCRAGUAACGCACGUGUAGUGUGUUGGAUGAAUCGAAAAGAAUGGUUGGGCAUUUAUCAAUGCUUGUUUGAUUUUCACAAUCCUGACCUUCAGAGAAAAGGUUUAGAUCGAGUCCUUGCGUGGAAGAGUCGAAGUGGAGGCAAAUUGCCACUUGCAAUCGAAAGCACAGCUGAUCUUGUGCUUGCAAACUUGACGKACACACAGUCAAGCGCGUUUACCACAGAAAAACAACUUAUGCUCUCCAUGGCCCUUGUUCGUUUUGUAAAUGGAAUGGCAGACAUGAAUCAAAAGGGUGUUUAUGCUCGAUCUGUGCAUUCAAUAGCUGAAGAAAUAGGCUUACCUGAUUGGCUAGUUGAUUUGAGACAUGAAGCAACUCAUGCAAACCUCCCUUCCCAAGAUACAUUGCGUGCUGGGAUUAAAGUUGCAUUGUCAUGGUUACAGGAGGAGUACUGGGAGGCACAAGUGAAGGCACAUAGAGAUUCCGAGCAAAAUUUAUCUUCAUUGAUUGAGAAAUAUCUUGAUGUUGCAGUUGUAAGAAAAACAAAGAAGAAAAAUAUUGAAAAACAGGCUUUGAAAGUUCAAUCUUUGGCUGAAGAUGUUGCAAAUCUUGUUGCUAGUAACAAUUUAUGGUCAUACCUUCACGAAGUUUUUCUAAAGCAAGACUUCCAAAAUUGCAUAAAGGAUGAYGAAAUAGAUUCCAAUAAAUCAGAAUCAGUACAGAGACAUGUUUCUGAAGAAAUGAUCCAAGUUUGGUUACCACUGUUCAAAGCRCUGGAUAGAGAAUCACCUGAAUUUAUAACAUUGUUUGUUCUUUYGGCAUUAGAAACAUUCUCUGAGACAAGCAUUGSUGUCAGUAAACAGUGYUUGUCAUGGGUUCUGUGGAUUAUGAAGUCGUCUUCUCAAAGCAAUCCAACUUUUACAUCAAAGCUUCCAUGGUUAACAUUGUUGGAAGUUUGUCUUAGAAAUCCRAGUUUUCUUCAAAAAGAUUUUGUUGAAUUAAUAUUAGAUGAAGCUCCUGCCAUACCAGACAYACAGAAGGAAAAGAUAAKGUCACUUGURGAWGUUUUUCAARUACAGARGUCAUUUGAUCAUUUUCCUAAAGAAAACUUUGAGAUGAAAUCAAUUGACAAUUUCCAGGAUCAACAAGAAAGGGUUGGUCAAAGUGCUUCCACUUCUAAUGCGCUCCAGGAUUCAGGGUGGUGUUUAGACCAGUCUCAAACUAAAUGGGAUCUCAUACCUAUUGGUGAAAUUUUAGGCUGUGAUGAACAGUCAGUUGAUGCACUUGAACUUCCUUUGUUURAUAAUUCCAGUCGGCAUUUCAAUCAGAAACACAGUUUUAGAAAUGAGAGUGAGGGGGAAGUAGGGAUGGAUGGGAUUGAAAGGGAUAGUGAUUCUGAUUAUAUUAAUGACAAUUAUAUUACUGAUGAAGUAGAAGAACAAGAAGAGCUUAGAAGUGGACAUAUUGAAUCAGAAAAGCUAGAAAUUGUGCUAUUUUAGACAAAAAGUGUGAAUUGAAUUUAAUGUGGAAAUUAGGCUACUUAUCAAUUUGUAUUAUUGUAAUAGAAUAAAUGGUAUAGUAGAAAAGAAUAAACAA